CGUUGCCGCGUCCGAGCUGGAGGCGGAAGCGGAGGCCGAGGAGCGAGUGAGAGAGGCCUCCCUAGCGCCCCGAUCCGGGACAGACACCCCCGCUCCAGUGCAGAGACCUUGGGGAGGGCACCAGGCCCACGAGAGACGCCCCCUCCCCUUAGGCCAGGGUGUCACUCAGCACCCCAGCCCCACCCCGCGGCGGGAGAGGCUGAUCUGUGCCCCCGGGAGCGCUCGCGUGGGGCGCCCCUUGGCAGCCAUGCGGGCGGGCUGGGGCGGGCGGUGGCAGCGCCUGGAUGCCGCGCUGUGCCUGCCCCUGUGUGUGACCGUGGCUCUGAUGGGGGCCGUGUGCAUAGAGGUGCUCUGCCUGCUUCUCUGGGCUGCGGAGCCCACCCAGCUGCCCCUGGCCCUGCACCUGCCCCUCCUGCUCUUCCUCCUGGCCAACGUGCUGGGCAACAUGGGCCUCUUCCUCACCACCAGCCCAAGCAUCAAAGGUGUCAUGCUGUCUGAAGGCGCCGUGGGACAGGGCUGGGAGUACUGCUACACCUGCCAGUCCCACGUGCCCCCCCGCUGUCACCACUGCUACACCUGCAAUGUGUGCAUGCUGCGCCGGGACCACCACUGUGUGCUGCUGGGCCAGUGUGUGGGCUACCAUAACUACCGUUACUUCCUGUGCCUCCUGCUGCACGGCUGGGUGGCCCUGCUCUACGCCAGCCUGCUCAACGCUGACAUCUUCAUGGCCCUGCUGCAUGAGGGAGUCACCCUGCACAGCAUCGUCCUCCUCCUCAUGCCAUGGCUCAUGCUGCUGACGGGCCAGGUGAGCACCUCAACUUUCGUCUACGCUUUCAUGGCUGACACCUGUGUGGUCAGUUUCCUCUUCUGCUCCGGCUUCCUGUUCUUACACGUGCUGCUGAGCCUGCGUGGCCAGACGACCAGGGAGUGGUUUGGGGAGAGCCGCUGCUAUGACCUGGGCUGGCGUCGCAACCUGCAGGAGGCAUUGGGGGACAGGUGGCACCUCGUCUGGCUAUGCCCACUCCUGGCCUCCCCCCUUCCUGGGAAUGGUGUGGCCUUCGAGAGCAGAGCCCCCCACACUGAGCCCUCCGCCAAGCCAGUCAUUUUCUGAAGGGUUACUGGCCUGGUGGAUAAAGGGGAAGCAGUGGACAUGAUGUCUGGACUUUAGUAAAGCUUUUGACACAGUCCCACGGGACAUUUUCAUAAGUAAACUAGGGAAAUGUCAUCUAGAUGAAAUUGCUAUAAAGCGGCUGCACAACUGGUUGAAAGACCAUCCUCAAAGAGUAGUUUUGGUUCGCUGUCAAACUGGGACGAUGUAUCGAGUGGGGUCCUGCAGGGGUCUGUCCUGGAUCCAGUACUGUUCAGUAUUUUCACUAAUGCCUUGGAUGAUGGAGUGAAGAGUAUGCUUCUAACGUUUGCAGAUGAUGCCCAGCUGGGAGGGGCUGCCAGCUCUUUGGUGCAUGGAGUUAGAAUGAAAAAUGAUGGUGAUAAAGUGGAGAACUGAUCUGGAAUCAGCAAGGUGAAAGUCAGUACAGACAAGUGCAAAGUAUUCCAUUUAGGAAAAAAAUGAAAUGCACAACUAUCAAAUGGGGACGUACUGGGUAGGCAAUAGAGCUGCAGAAAAGGAUCUGGGGGGUAGUGGAUCACAAAUCGAAGGGGAGCCAAGAGCAUGCUGCUGUUGUGAAAAGGGCAAAAGUCAUACUGGGCUCUGUCAGCAGGAGGGGGCGGAUGUAAGACACAGGAGGUAAUUGCUGUGCUCUGCUCAGCAGUGUUGAGGCCUCAGCUGGAGGGCCGGGUCCUGUUUUGUGCCCCACACUUUAGGAAAGCUCUGAACAAACAGGAGAGCCCAUAGGAGAGCAAGGAUUUGUGAGGAACGGUUGAAAGAAUUGGGCAUGUUUAGGUGAGAGAAUUGAAGGGGGACAUAAGUCUUCAAAUAUGUAAAUGGUACUAAAGAGGAUGGUGAGCAAUUGUUCUCUAUGCCCACCUAGGGUAGGACAAGAAAUAAAUGGCUUAAUUCACAGCGAGAGAGAUUUAGGGGUGACUAUCAGGAAAAACUUCGUAACUCUUAGGUGGUUAAGCACUGGACCAGAUCACCCAGGGAGGAUGUGGAAUCUCCAUCACUGGAGGUCUUAAGCACAGGUUAGACAGACCUGUCAGGGCUGGGCUAGAUCUAUGUAACGCUGCCAUAGCGUGGGGCUAUGGAUUAGAUGGCCUCCUGAGGUCCUUUCCAGCCCUACAAUUCUAUCAUUCUACGUCCUUUCCCUGCUCUGUGCCUCAGUUUCCCCAUCUGUAAAUGGGAAUGAUCCCUCACUAGAUGAAUUCACUAACGAGGUAAGGGUCAGCAGCUGGUGGGCUGAGGGACAGACCGGCACCCAGGCAGACAGAAAGCCUAGCUCAGGACACUGCUAUUCUAUUGGUAUUAUAGUAGCACCUAAAAGCCUUGCCCGCCACGAGAUCAGGCGCAGCACAGACACAGUGGGAAACAGGCCCUGCCCCAAGAGCUCUCAGUCUGAACAGAUGAAAGACGGAAAGGAAACAGGCACCAAGAGAAGGAAGGGACUCACCCAAAGUCACUGGAGAGUCAGCGGCAGAGCCAGGGACAGAACAGAACCCAGGAGUCCUGGCUCCCAUACCUCCCUCCUCCCCCUGCCGCUCUAACCACUAGACCCCUCUCCCCUCCCAGAGCUGGGGAUGGAACCUAGGCUAGUGGGUUACAGUAUGGGGGCUGGGAAACAGGACUCCUAUCACCCUGCUCCAUAAUCAGUUCAUCCCCAGCUGAGGCUGCUCUGCUCCAGUCAUUGCUGAUUGUGGAGCUGGCAAUCUCAGGCCUGUGGGAGGGGGAGUGAAUUUGUGCUGGCCAGUCUGUGGCUGAGAUCCAGGGAUCAUCCCCCAUUCUCUCUUGUCCCUGUCAGGCAUUGAGAGGGGCCAGAGGAGGUGGGGCACAAAACUGCUCUGGGUUUGUCCUAUGGGAGGCCUGGCCCAUGAUGGCCCAAGUCAGCUCUGAUCCCUCCCUCUCUGAUUGCAGGUCUCCUUCUGGUUGGUGCUACAGUACUGCAGUGGGGCUGGCGCUGGCUUUGCCUCUACCCAGAGGGGAAGCGCUGCUGAGGGGCAAGUGUCAAGCUGUGCCCCAUGGGUUACUGGCACCCCCAUCUGACCGUGGUCCUGACACUGCCUGGUGGGUGAUUCUGAGCCCCAUCUGCACUGGACUCUGCAGUUGUUGGGACUGUUGUGCAAGGCACCAGACAGACUCCAACCGAGACUGGGGGGCCCUGUUGCACUGGGCAUAGUGCAGCCCGUGAGCAAGAUCAGAGACCCCUGUUGUUCCAGGUGCAGCCCAAAUACAGAAUGAGAAACAGUCCCUAUCCUGAAGACCUCACAGUCGUAACAGACCCAAGGUGGGAGAGUAAACAGGGAAAAGGGACUGCCCAGCUCAGGGAAGAGAGGCCAGGAGUCCUGGUUCCCAGUCCGGUGCCCUCCUGGCUGCACUAACCUUUUGUGGUUCCCAGUUCUGCUCCAUUUAAAGCAAUAGCAGGACAAGACCACCCUUCUGCGAGCCCAGGGCUAAAACUGCUUCUCUUCUGUGUUUGCACAGCUCUCCCAUGGCUGGCCCAGGACAGCCCACCCCCCAGAGGCUGGAGUCAUUGCCUUACCCAGCCCCUCUCCCAGGGAGGGCCUUUCCUCUGGCACCCUGUCCCCACUGCUCUCCAAUAAAGGCUCCAAGCCCCAGGUGCCUGAA